UGUCUGUGCGCUCGCGCUGUGAGGCUGCAGAGAAAGAGAGAGAGUGAGAGAGAGGCGCGCGCACGCUCGCUCCUGCAAACAAAGAGACCCGUCAACAUCAUCCACGGUGCACCAGCAGAUCCCGCUCCAGCAAGGCCACGAGCUGCAACCAUGACUGCAAACGGAACCAGCGACAUGCUCAAAAUCCAAUUCGGAUUGAUCAACUGCGGGAACAAGUACCUCACGGCCGAGACCUUCGGCUUUAAAAUCAAUGCAUCAGCCACCAGCAUGAAGAAGAAGCAGAUUUGGACCCUGGAGCAGGACGGAGAUGAUUCAAACAUGUUCUACCUGAAGAGCCACCUGGGACGGUACAUCGCAGCCGACAAAGACGGCAACGUCACGGGUGAGAGCGAGACCCCGGGCGAGGACUGUCGCUUCAUAAUCACCGCACAUGAUGAUGGGCGCUGGUCACUGCAGUCCGAGCCGCACAAGCGCUACCUGGGCGGCACCGAGGACAGGAUCACCUGCUUCGCCCAGACCAUCUCCAUCGCGGAGAAAUGGAGCGUGCACAUCGCCAUGCACCCGCAGGUCAACAUCUUCAGCGUGACUAGAAAAAGGUACGCGCACCUGAGCUCUGAGCAGAACGAGAUCGCCAUCGAUCGGGAUGUGCCCUGGGGCGUGGAUUCCCUCAUCACCCUGGUCUUCCAGGACCAGAGGUACCACCUUCAGACCUCCGACAACCGCUUCCUGAAGAACGACGGCAGCCUGUCCCAGACGGCGGAUAAGACCACGGGUUACACGCUGGAGUUCAGGUCUGGGAAGGUGGCCUUCAGAGACUGCACCGGGAAGUACCUGGCUCCCUCUGGUCCCAGUGGAACCAUGAAGUCCGGCAAGAGCAUGAAGGUUGGCAAGGAUGAGCUCUUCGUUCUGGAGCAGAGCCACCCUCAAGUGGUCCUCACCGCUGGCAACGACAGGAAUGUGUCCACCAGACAAGGCAUGGAUCUCUCUGCUAACCAGGAUGAAGAAGGAGACCAGGAGACCUUCCAGAUGGAGAUCAGUAAGGACACAAAGAAGUGUGCCUUUAGGACCUGCACCGGCAAAUACUGGACCCUUACAGCCAACGGUGGCCUCCAAUGCACUGCCUCUACCAAGUCUGCUAACUGCUACUUUGACAUUGAGUGGCGUGGGAAGAAGAUAACCCUGCGUGCCACCAAUGGAAAAUAUGUGGCCGCCAAAAAGAAUGGACAGCUGGCUGCCACUAUUGACUCAGCAGGUGAGACCGAGGAGUUCCUGAUGAAGCUCAUCAAUAGGCCUCUUAUUGUGCUGAGAGGAGAACAUGGCUUCAUUGGCUGCAGGAGAGUAACUGGAACCCUGGACUCCAACCGCUCCUCAUAUGACGUCUUUGGGUUGGACUUUAAUGAUGGAGCCUACAGCUUACGAGAUUCCACAGGGAAGUACUGGAUGGUGGGCAGUGAAUCGAACGUGCUGAGCAGUAGCGACACCCCGGUAGACUUCUUCCUCGAGUUUUGCGACUACAACAAAGUUGCGAUCAAGACAACAGAGGGGAAAUACCUGAAGGGCGAUCACGCUGGUGUUCUGAAGGCCAACGUCGACGAUCUGGACAGCUCCACUAUGUGGGAGUACUAAGAGCACUCAAGUAACCACUGUGGCUUUAUCUUUCAGUUUUUUCCCUUUUCUGUUAUGCGUUUUGAAUGGUUUCUGAAUAUAAGCGAGCACACGGGGCUAAUAGCAGAGAGAAACCCAAAGGUGAAGGGGCUUACUUUGUCACGUAUACUCCAGUCUGUCUAAAUACUUUUGGUGCCACGGUUUUCAAUGACCCAACGAGUGGCCAAAAUGGGGACUUCUGGGACUUAACUGGCAUCCAAAUUUGUGUUGUGUGGUUAAAGCACAUCUCAUGUCAUCUCUUAAUCUGUCCUAAUAUUUGACUGGCAUGUCUCCACUUCUCUGGAAGAUCAGCUAUGCGGGCGCCACAGGAUUUUUGAUGUACCAGAUUGUAGCGUGAUCCUUCUCCCUCGUCUUUGCACACUCCUGUAUGAGCCUCACACUCUCUUAAAUAUUAACACAUAGUGAAUUAUGUCAAAGAAAAACCUUGUGACUGUGAGCUAUUGUUGUAUGCCUCCCAUUAUAAUGCCAGUCACAAGUACCUACCCUCACGAUCAGAGGGUGAAGGCAGUAUUUACAGGUAAAUGUAUGAAUGUUGAAUUUGUUUUGCUUUUCUUUUUCCAUAUGAGCAAUGAAGGACGGCUCUUAAACCACUGAAAUGAGCUAUAUUGUUUUGUUUUUGUGACGUUUGAAGGAUGGCAGUGAUCUGAUGUGUGCUGCCAAACUAUUUGUGCCAUUAGAAUAAUUUUAAUGUUUCAAAAGAGGAAAACCGAGAGAAACUGGAUUGGUACUGUACAGUCCCUCAUCUCAAGAUUAGAGCUAAACCUAGAAUUGUAAAUGGGUGUGGGAAAGAAAUAUAGAUAUUAAAAUGAAAGAUGUUUUCUGCAACUCAGAAGUGAUGUCAUCGUUAGAUUGUGUGCUGUAGCUGUGGAUGUGAUGAUACCGACAUGAGGUAUGUUGUUGCAGGUUCAACACGGUAUUUAUGGUAAAUUUAAACCACUUUUCCCUCGAUCCUGACUAAUCCUAAUGGAAUGGCGGGUCUGCGUUUACUGGAGUCGUCUGGAAGCUGGGAAAGUCACUGGAAAUCUCAUCUAACACGUGUGGUGUUGUUUUUGAAAAGGCACAGACAUUAUCAUGAACCUUAUUCUGUUCUCCACAUUAUAGUACAUUAACACACUCUGUAAAAAACCAAAAUGAAGACAUUAUCACUGAUUAAAGACUGAAACUGGUGCUUAAUUCGAUUUCAGGUGUCCAUUAAACUAACAGAGCCACUUUAUACCUGUUUUAAGUACUGUUCAUACCACUGCUUGAAUAUCAUUUCUCAUAAUAACCCCGCAUUGCUAAGGAAAUGAUAAUGACUGUGCCUUAUAUGAGGCCAUUAAGGGAGGAAAAAAAGACAUUCCACAUCUAUACUUUGUAAAGACUUUACAAAUGUCUUUUUAUAUUGUUUUGAUAUUAUGGUUCUGUUUCCUCAUGUGCCAUGGGUACAAAUGAAAUCCGGAAAUAAAUGCGGUUUGAAUAUGAAAA